ACUGUAAUUUUUUAAAAAUGUAAAGUUUGACUACUGUAGUUUCUGUUAAAGUAAUAUUACCUAGAUGUUAAUUUGUAUUCAACUUUUAUUAAUGUAAUUAACUAAAUGAGAUUUAAUUUUCAUUAUUUUACUUUUGUAAAUAUAUAAAUGGUUUAUUUGUAAUGUGAUUGUUUAACAUAGACUUAACAAAGACUCAAUGUUUCAAUUAAGAGUCCUUUGAGGCUAAGAUGACUGCCUGUUCCAUUUGCUGACCCUGGGUUGCCUUUCCAUGAGUGGCUCUUUGACCUUUGUGGCCCUUGGCUGACCAAAAAAGGAAGCCAUGUGACGACCGCAACCUUUUCCCAUUAGACCUGGGUGGUGAGGACCCCAAGGGUUAGAGACAGAUGUGAUUAAUCUGAAAUAGGUGCCUGAAAACCAUUAUUCAUGUCAGAUAUUCAGAAAACUUUAAACCAAUGUGGAUAUGGUUAUAGAAGAAGUGGAAGAGAUAAGUACGGGCCUCCGACCCGUACUGAAUACAGAUUGAUCGUUGAAAAUCUGUCAAGCCGUUGUAGCUGGCAGGAUUUGAAGGAUUAUAUGCGUCAGGCAGGUGAAGUGACAUAUGCUGACGCACACAAGGGGAGAAAAAACGAAGGUGUGAUUGAAUUCAAAUCUUAUUCAGACAUGAAAAGAGCCCUUGAAAAGCUGGAUGGGACAGAAGUAAAUGGUAGAAAGAUAAGAUUAGUGGAAGACAGGCCUGGGUCCAGGCGCCGCCGCUCUUAUUCCAGAAGUCGCACUCAUUCAAGGUCUCGCUCUCGAAGCAGGCACUCUCGCAAAAGCAGGAGUCGUAGUGGCAGCAGCAAAAGCAGCCAUUCCAAGAGCAGAUCACGAUCCAGGUCCGGAUCUCAUUCCAGAAGCAAGAGCCGCAGCCGAAGCAAAAGCCACGGCCGAGGCCAAAAGGAAAAGAGCAGGAGUCCGAGCAAAGACGAUAAAAGCAGGAGCCGCAGCCGAAGCGCCGAGAAAUCCCGGAGCAAAAGCAAAGACAAGCCGCAGGACGUGGUUCAAAACGACGGGGACCACCGGGCCAAGAGCAGGAGUCCCAGCAAGGAAAAGAGUAAGAGCAAAAGCAGGAGCAGGAGCGGCAGCAAGGAGAGGGCCGAGAGGGAGGAGAGGGGGAGCGCGAGUAAGGAGAGAGAGAAGAGCACCAGCAAGGCCAGGAGCAGGAGCAGGAGCAGGAGCCGGAGCAAGAGCAAGGACAAGAGGAAAGGCAGGAAGAGGAGCAGGGAGGCCAGCAGGAGCAGGAGCAGGAGCCACAGCAGGAACGAGAGGAGCAAGAGAAGGAAUAAGCGUGACAGCAAGCCUGGUAGCAAGAAGAAAAAGAGAGAAGACCAAGAACGAUCCCGGUCUAGGUCCCGGUCCCGGUCCCGGUCCCGGUCUCGGUCUCAGCCCAAGGAAAAGGAGCGCGUAAAACCCGACCCCGACCCCAAAGAAGCCAAAGGCGAGGGUGAGGAAAUGGACACCAGUGGUAAAUCUCGGUCGAGGUCAAACUCCAAGUCAAAACAAAAUGUUAAAUCAGAAUCCCGCUCCAGAUCCAAAUCGGUUUCAAAAACCAGGUCCCAGUCGAAGUCUAGAUCGAGGUCUGCCUCUAGAUCACAUUCUCGAUCUAGGUCGCGGUCUUGCUCCAGAUCCUAAACUCGCUGCAACCACCUUUAGAGCUCUAUGAGAAGUCUUUUGUACAUGUUUGGUAGUUGUAGCACAAGUGAUUGGAGUAGAACACCUGUCCCUGCUGUACAUUUUUAAUACCCCCGAUGGUGUGUCCAUAAGUGUUCGACCCGGUGCUCCCUCUCUGUUGCGCAUUCUGGAGCUUUCUCCGGACACCAGGCAUCGUCCUACGUUUCCAGAACAGCCACAGAGACUGAGCACUGCGUUUCGAUGGGCUUCUAAGAUUGGAAUGGUGACUCCUAGGUAGGUAUGGUAAUUUCAACAAUUUGCCUUUAAAUUGAUGCCCUUUGAUGUAUGCCAUUUAGUGAAAAGUGCAAAGUCUUAAAAUUUCAUAAUACUUUUUUGUUUCAUAUUUUGGACUUGCAGAGUUUGUGAAUAGCACAGUCAGGAAAAUAGAUACCUACAGUAAACUAUAGGAAGGGAAGAAAAAAAAAUAGAGCUCCACAUUCUGGUAUUGUGACAAAUAUCCUUGUUUUAUAUUUUUUAUUUUUCCCCAUCUUGCAAAGUACAGUGAGCCCUGUUUCCAUUAAAUUUGAAUAAAGACUAUUUUUGCUUGA